AUGUCCGGGCCUCGUAAUUGGCUUUUACAUGCCCGGUAUGUAAGAGGUGAACAUGAUCUAUGUGUAGCUUUAGCCGAUAAACUGCAACAUGAUACAAGCAGUACGCACAGAUAUGCUUUUUACAUAAAGGGUUCAAUAUUGGCCGAUGUGGGUCGAUUACAAGACGCCUUGGACAAGUUUCACACUUGCAUCAAAUUACAACCUCACGAUCCUGAGCCUUUAAAACAGGUAGCUAAAUGCCUAUUUCGUCAAGGUCGCUAUCAGUUGUCCCGUGAAGCAUACUUGGAGGCGGAUAAGUUAUCGAAACAUCCUGACCCUGAAAUAUAUGCAGUUCUUGCGGAAUGCGCGCAAAAUCUUGGUGAUAUCGAACAUGGCGUGGAAUGGGCGAGAUCUGCAGUUCAAGCUGGUGGAGGCGAAAGAGCUGGGGCUCUGCUCGCUAAGUUACUGCUCGAAACAGGAAAAAUUGAUGCGGCAUUAGUGGCUUAUGAUGAUGCUAUAAGUUCGCACGCAUGCGGCGCUGACACAUUAGCCGCGGCUGGCGCAUUACGUCUCCGUGCUGGGGAUCCCAGACGAGCUUUCCAACUUCUCGGUGAAGCGUUGUCACAGCAACCGACACAGCACGCCGCGGCACUAGCGCUGGCUGCGAUGAUGCUGCAACACAAAGACGUAGAUGCAGCAUUGGCUAGGCUAAAAGCGGCGUUGACGGCCCAUCCCACAUGUGUAGCAGCUCAUGCUAAUCUGGGUCUGGCGUUGCUAUCAAAGAAGAAAUAUAUCGCUGCUUUAACAUGUCUUCAACGUGCUGUAUGCGCAGCUCCUCUCAGCGCAGGGGCUUCUCAUGAUCUCGGUUUUGUUUUACUGAUAUGCAAAAGACCAGCUUCAGCUUUAUACAGGCUUGCUGCAGCAGCUGCACUGCAACCAUCGCAGCCAUAUACCGUGCUCUUAAUAGCAAUAGCGUUGGAACGUUUGGGAGAUUCUAGAUCAGAUUCAGCAUACUCUCGAGCAGUGGCCAUAGACCCUGAAGAUGCUCUACUUAGAUUGAAUUUAGCUGCGAGACAUGCUAGAGCGGGUCGAUUUAGAGACGCCAUAAACGAAGCAAUUAUUACAGCCAAAUUACUCCAACGUGAGAAUAAUGUUCACCUGGCCAGUUCUCUAGCCCUUCUAAUGACGUCACUGCGAGAUGCUGGUGUAAAUUCAUCAGAGUUACUUGACUGUGGACCUAUACCUUCAGAACGGAAUAGUGUUGAAGCAAUCAAUUCACCAGAAGAGGACGAUUUUGCAGCAGAUGAAGUUUAACUUUAAUGUAUAACAAAAUCAAUUCUAGUACCAGCAUUGAAUAAAAAAAUUUAACACA